AUGGGCUUCCUACCAACUCGGCUUGCGCUCCCAGAGGAGCGCAAGCAGGUCGUCUUGGUCGCUCCCAUCGAUGGCCUCACCGCAGCCUGUGCUUGCGCGAUCGCCACCUCCCCAUUCGUGCCGCUGAACUGCCGCGUGCUGGUCAGCGACAUUCAAGUGCAGAGGCGAAGCCUGUGGUCCAACAACGGCAGCCCUCACACAGCGUGCAACUCCACCGAAACUGCUGCUGCCACUAGAGACUUCAUGCGCAGUGUGCAGAAAGUGGAGGCACACCUGCGCGCGAGCCGCGCAGCGCAGCGCGACAGGUCCGUGACACACAUGACGCAGUUCUACUACGGUGGAGUGUCACCCAAGGCUGAGGAGAUCGAGCCGAUGUUUCGUCGAGUUUCUGUGCUCGACGGUGGCGCACUUGACAAGACGAGUGUUGGCGGAGCCACGACGGACGUUACUGAGGCGUCAGACAGGAGUAGUGGUGUACCCCAUGUUGCGGAUUCUGUGUUUGUAUUGGUGCUGAGUGCACAGUCGCUUAGUUCAGACACGGUAAGUGGGCUCGAAGCGUACGAUACCCUUCUGCGCCGCCUUUGGAGUGAUGCCAGCUUUUCGCACGCCACCGAGACCGGCUCGCAGCAGACCCGGGUGCGAGGCAGUCUUGUCAUUCUCGCUGACGACAUCUACCGCGCUGCUGCGUGUGCAAUGCUGACAAAUAUCGCGAAGCAAGUCGCCACGACGGUAGAGUGGGUGGUGCUCCUCGUCUAUGCACACGCUAUGGACCCACCUGCACUGGAGUUCAGCGCGGCAGAGGUCGCCGUUGAAGCCCCAACGGGCAUUUCGCACGGUGGCACACUUCCCGCUUUGUGUGCCGCCACCGCGCUAGGCGUGUUACGGCACUUCCCUGUGAGCCGCAUUGAGCCAGCCACUAUUACGCCCGUCGACAUCGCCUUGAAUGCCGCUUUCUUGGGACACAUAUGUCUGUGCCACGGCGAGCUGGCCGAGUGCGUGGAAUGUGCCACGGAGAUGCAGUUCUGUGGUGCUUCGCAUACGCCCGCAAACGCCGCCACUGUUGCGGUCGAGACAGCUGCCAUAAUGUCAACGCCGCCGAUGCAGUGUGUCACGCGACACCGCAUGGCAUCUUUUGCAGUUGCCGAAUCACGCAAGCCUGGCGAAACGUCGCUGGUGUGGGGCAUGGUGGCGGAGUAUCUCAUGGGUUACUACACUCGAUUUGCCGACCAAAUUUUGGCUGCAUUCCCCGUGGCUGAUGUGUUGACACCGUCCCCAGUUCUGCAGUUCCCGUUCAGUGUGGUAGAUUUUGCCAACUUUGGACCGGAGCCGCGCGCGCCUGCCUACGUGUUGGAGGGAUUGCGCGCGUGUCAGCAGCGGCAGCGCCUCAUGGAAGAAGUGGUUGGCAAUCCCCGGGCGGCGCGGGUGCUGAAGUCGUAUGUCUCACAGAUGGACAGCACUGUCCGCCGCAUCAAGCGUACGGCUCGCGUGGCAGCGGCCCGAGAGAAGGCAUCUGCUACCAUCGCCGCCUCGGGCAAGGGUACCAUGCCCUCGUCUUUCUCUAUUGUGCCAUACCGCCUCGAGGACUUCAACGUGGCGCUGUACCACUCGCUUCUGCGUCGUCUGACAUCGUACUACACCUUCAUGCCGUUCCAUCAGUAUGUGGCGCUCGUCGAGGUUGACUGGGAGGCGUAUGUGUCGGUGAUUGCACGGGCGGUGCUUGAGCACCUGGCACGGUGUGUUAUGCGGUCUUCAUACAACAUGCAGCAGUUAGGAAGUCCCUCCCCUGCAGCCUCGGCGGGUGAAUUUGCUCGCAUUGUGAGAGUAGUUGGGGAUUCUCCCGCUCUCAGCGCCCCCUCCAAACCGGAAACUACUACUGUUGCUGCUACCGAAGCCCGCUUCGCUUUUCCAGAGCCGCGGCGCCACUUUACCAACGAUCUAGUGUACCAGGGCGCUGAGCGCAUCCCACCGAUGCCGUUCUUUACGCACAAGUACUUGGAUCUCUUUGUGUAUGUUCAGCGCAUCGGCCUAACAGCGAACGGCUGGCGCGGUGACAUGACACCUGGCAUGGCGCCGCAGGUGCUUACCUCCAUUAUUGCGCAGCCUGAUAUUCAGCGGCUCAUGACCGCUUUGGCUGCGAAAGACGGUGCAGCGAGGAAAGAGGUGGAGGCGCAAGCGAAACGUAUUCUGCUGCAGUGCGGCGAUACGCUGAAUCACGUGCAGUGUCGCGCGACGGGUCUCAUGAUCCGUGAGAUCUUUCGUCGCAUCUACUGCCGCAUCGACGUUAACGGCGGCGCCUAUGAGCGUCUCCACCGCUACUGCGCCAUGCCUCGUGUCGCCGUCGUCUUCGUCCCGCUGCAUCGCUCUUACAUUGACUUCCUCGUUCUCUCCAAGAUUCUGGCGAUCAUGCAGCUGCCGCUGCCGCACGUUGUAGCUGGAGAAAACUUUCUGAGCAUGGGCCUCCUCGCCACUCUGAUGCGAGGUAGCGGCGCCUUCUUCAUGCGCCGCUCCUUCCGCAGCGAUCCCCUGUACGCCGCGCUGCUCAGGGAGUACGUGCGGCACCUGGUGCGUGGCCGUCGUCCGCUCGAGUUCUUCAUUGAGGGAGCACGGAGUCGAACUGGCAAGACGAUGGCGCCGAAGAUGGGGCUUCUCAAGUUUGUCUGCGACACCUUCUACGAGCCGGGCCAGCAAGAGCUGGACGACGUGCUCAUUAUACCGGUUAGCCUGUCGUAUGACGAGGUGCUCGAGGCCACCACGCAUGCCAAGGAGGUGUUAGGUGUUCCGAAGCCCAAGGAGAACCCUAUGAACAUGCUCAAGGCUCGCAGUCUACUCAAGCGCAUGCACGGUAACGUCAAUGUCCACAUUGGCGAGCCUGUGUCCCUUCGAUCCCUCAAGGAGCACCCGCGGCAGUGCCCGCUGCCGUUCCAGCCCAAGGACGGGCAGCUCAGUGAGCUGGCUGCACCAGCUGUUGAAAUCGCGUCAGUGUCCAAGACACUCGAUACCACACCUUCCGUUGUCAAGUGCAGCUCCAUUACCCCGGCUUCUCUUCUCACCACUAUCGCGUGGCACCUGAUGUACAAACUGCAGCGUGACACGAUCAUCACCCCGGCAUCAAUGGUGGCUGCAGUAGUGGAGUGUCUUGGCCCCUACUACUGCGCAGCCAGUACAAAGUCGAAGAAGGGCAGUGACACCACCACAACGCCACCGGCCACGUCAGCUGCUAUGCCUUUACAAAAAUUGCAGCAGGGAGUCGAGUGGCUGCGUGGCCUCUUGCGCGAGCGUGGCGCUCGGCUUUCGGUGGAGGCCGCGGAGUUGAGCCCGGACAGGAUCGUGUCGCUUGCGCUGCACAACCUGGACCGCUACAUCCAAAUCACGGACGACAUGUCGAGCGUGGCAUACCGCCCGGACGACACGGUCACCAGGAUUGCAGUGAACAUCAGCACCAACCAGCUGAUCCACGUUUGUAUGGACGAAGCUCUCAUCGCCGUCGUCGCACAGGCGUUCGGCUCCGCUACCAUGCCGCACCGUCCGCCAUCUGGCACCGACGGGACGAUGCUGUGCGGGGUCCGCUCCGUAAGGGCGGACGUGCUGAGCAAUCAAACGCAGCUAUUGCGACAACUGCUGUCUGCCGAGUUUCCCAACUACGCCGCUGCAUCGCCAGUGAGCUUUGCGUCGUGGCUGGAGUGCACUGUAAGCCAACUUCAGCAGCAGCCCAUGGAGGGGCACACUGCGUACUCCAAGCUGUCUGGAGUCGACUUGCACGGUGGCACUGUUGUGCACGUGCCUGUUACGCAGUACUACUACUUCCUCUUACAGCUCAUCUGCCCUCACGUGGAGGCAUUCUACGCAGUGCUCGUGGCAGCGGCGGCUCUUCUGUCGGUGUACCCUGGCAAGCCGCUCGGCGCUGCGGACGUGGUGACAACGACACAGCGAGCAUGUGGCACCCUGUAUGCGGAGGAUAAACUGCGCUAUGUUGUGGCGGCUAACAAGGAGACGCUGCAGCACUACUACGAGAGCCUCAUCGCGCUCUCCCUCUUGCAGUUAAAGCGCCUGCCUGCUAGAAUGGAGCCUGGCAAGUCGAAGGUGAGGACCGGUGUCGUGGCGUACACGGUGGGGUCCAUGGGGCAAGAGGCAGCGCUGGCUCGCCUUGAAAUGCUGGCGACGCAGAUACGGAUGCUGUGGUGGCAUCCCUCCGCAGCGGCAGGGGUAACGAUCAGUAAAGCAACCAUUCAAGAGCGUGUGCUAGCGGUGUACCGGGAGCUAACCCAGCCGUCCAAGAUGUGA